AUGCGGAUCCUGAAUUCGGACAUUUUCCAGAUCGCGGUGACUGAUGAAGGAGUGUCUCAGGGUGAAGGAGCUGGCCUUCCUCAUGAGGAGCAGCCCCAGGAGCAGCCCCAGGAACAGCCCCAGGAACAGCCCCAGGAACAAUUCCAAGAUAAAGUGGAGGGACAGGGGUCAACUGAGGAGAAUAACCCUGCAAUUGGGGCCGACCAGGGACCUUCCAAGCAAGCGUUGCGAGAUGAAGCCCAUGCAGAGGUCCCUGGAUCAGUCGAGAAUGUUACCACCGAGACUAGGCCGAACCCUGCAGCGGUCGAAGAACAUCCGCACCGUACAGAGGCGGAUCAAGAUCAACAACAAACGCAGGCGCAGGAGUCAGUCGAAACUGGUUCCCCUGGUACUCAGUCCAAAGCCGAUGCGGUUGAGGAUUUUCGGACACCGGUCCAGCCUCCAGCUGAAUAUAGAGAGCCCGUCGAAUCGAACCACGCGGAGGUCGGUGAACAGAUGGAAGGGAAUGUAUCAACAGGAGACGAUGGCGCCCCGCCUAAACCCCAUGAACCAGUCCCUGAAGAGCCGCCCCGCCCUCGGGAGAUUGAACCGUCAGAGGAUCAGAAAUCACGUUGA